AUGUGGAUCAAGUACUGCACCAUCAGACAAGCAGCAGACUGGGACUCUGAUAGCAGCCAUGUUCAGAAACGGAGAGGAGAGGGACCCAAACGUCACCACUGUCAACACUGUGACAAAUCCUUCACAACAUCUAGAUAUUUAAAGAUUCAUCAGAGAGUUCACACUGGGGACAAUCUACACAGCUGUGAUCAAUGUGGGGCAGCUUUCACACGACAGAGUACCCUAAAAAUACAUCAACGCAUUCACACUGGAGAGAAGCCUUACAGCUGUGAUCAAUGUGGGGCAGCUUUCACACUACAAUGUAACCUAAAAAUCCAUCAACGCAUUCACACUGGAGAAAAGCCUUACAGCUGUGAUCAAUGUGGGGCAGCUUUCACACUACAAAGUACCCUAAAAAUACAUCAACGCAUUCACACUGAAGAAAAGCCUUACAGCUGUGAUCAAUGUGGGGCGGCUUUCACACUACAGAGUACCCUAAAAAAACAUCAACGCAUUCACACUGGAGAAAAGCCUUACAGCUGUGAUCUAUGUGGGGCAGCUUUCACAAUACAGAGUACCCUAAAAAUACAUCAACGCAUUCACACUGGAGAGAAGCCUUACAGCUGUGAUCUAUGUGGGGCAGCUUUCACACUACAGAGUACCCUAAAAAUACAUCAACGCGUUCACACAGGAGAGAAGCCGUACUGGUGUGAACAAUGUGGGGAAACCUUUUCUGAGAGUGGGGCCCUUAAAACACAUCGACACAUUCACACUGGAGAGAAGCCUUACAGCUGUGAUCUGUGUGGUAAAACUUUUUCUCAUAGUAACGGCCUUAAAUCUCACCAGCGCAUUCACACUGGAGAGAAGCCGUACAGCUGUGAUCUAUGUGGUAAAACUUUUUCUAGGAGUGAUUCUUUAAAAAGCCACCGACGUGUUCACACUGGAGAGAAGCCGUACUGGUGUGAACAAUGUGGGGAAACGUUUUCUCACAGUAGUAACCUUAAAUCUCACCAGCACAUUCACGCUGCCUCGUUGUGAACAUGUUUCAGAGCCAAGCUGUGUCCUCCUGCCUCCUCCUCAUGCCCUGAUAGUUGUGUUGUUAUUUUCUGAUCUUCUCUCCACGUUGAAGGCUGACCAGCAGUAACUUUAUCUUCUGAACAGCAUGUAUGUUAUCUUGGCUACGACUACACAUUACGCUCCCUCCUCUCUUUAAAAGAGAAACGACAACCUGACGAAUAAAUAAAAAUGUUGUACAUUGUCAUGUUUCCUGUAUUGAGUAGGCUAUCAUUGCCAAACUUAUAUAACAUAACCCUAUACCUUCUUAAAAGCGAGGAAUAAUAUCCUGUCUCCUUCGUAUAGCCCCAGUUGGGGCUGUGCUGGACACUGCAAUCUGGGCAU